UCUAGCCGGCAAGCUCAAAGUCGAUGCCCUCGCACACACCUUUGCUCUUGUGCCCGAAGUCCAUGCUGAGAGCUCGGCUGCUGCUGCCGCUGCUGCUGCUGCUGCUGCUGCUGCCGUCAACAAUCCCGCCGUCAACAACGCCUCCUCCAAGUAGAGCUUCCCACUCACUCGUCUGCUUGUCGCCUGCUCCCCUUCUGCUCGCCACGCACUUGCCCCACGCUUGCCGCUUACUCUCCGCAGAUCUGCUCCCGACAGGCUCCGGUGGCCGUGCUGCUGCUCGCGCUCCCGAUCAGCGCCGCAUCCGGACCUCUGCCCCUGGCAUCCCACCCCACCCCCUUCCCUCCACUGCAAGCGCUCUGGCUGUAGUCAGCAAGCCGGUGGUGUGGUUGUGGUAUGCCUAGUCACUGCACUUGAUUCCGGAGCAACCCCCUUGCUCCCCAUCAGAUUCGAAUGACCAUGCCCAUGUGAGCGACUGGAACCUCUGCCGUGUGCAGACGAGGCCACCAGAUCGGGGGCAACGAGACGACCAAGCUCAAGGGUGUACCACACCCCCUUCAUCUACCUCAGCCCUUAUCCAUUCCCUGUGCUAAAUGACCGCAAUCCAAAC